AUGGCAGAAAGUUUCGACAUGCCACAGACCUGGGAUUCACAGUCCUUGGAUCUACCCUUAUUGCCACGCGAGCUCUUUUGGAUGAUCUUAGGCUCUCUCGGGGGAAGUGAUAUAGUUCGCUGUCGGCGCGUCUCUCGGUUGUGGAAUGAAGCGUUUGGAAACCCAGCCAAUCUGAUACCGCUGUUAAAGAAGCUUUUCCCACUAGCGACAGAGGUCAGAGAGCUUUACGCCAAGCAUGACUAUGAUCUCUUAGCAGAAACGAACGAUAGCAACUAUUGGCGCUCAUUUUUCGACCGAAUUGCCUCGAGGUAUGAACACCUCGGCCGCGGAAAGCCCAAAUCAAUCCAAAGGCACAAGUUAUGUGAAGAGUUCGGUGUUUCUGGUGAAAGAGAAUGGUUUCAGGUGCAGCCAUGGGAUAUUCACGCCAGUCACCUUAUGCAGCGGGUGGAUAUACCCUUUUCGGAGUCCUUCUGGUCGUAUGACGAUGGGCUGUUGGUAUAUCCAAGUGCAGACCAUACGUGUUUAGUUCUCAUGGACCUUGACAGCGACAGGAAGUUUAUGGUGCCGUUCAUCAUUACAGGCAAGGUAAUCCGGAGAACUCGGCUCCAACGCCGGGUCCUCAUUGUGGAAUGGGCUGAGCCGAAAGCCUUCCAUUGGCUGAACGACAGCGACGGUGUUCAUCGUCACUUUGCUUCUUCAUUCGACGUGGCCAAGACAUCCAACAGCUGGAGCAUAACCUUUCGCAAUGAGUGGAAGAUCAUGUUUCUUGGCCAUCCUCUCAGCGAAAGGGACCGCUUUUACUCAACUCAUAGCCAAACCCAUUAUGCCAUAUAUUUCUGGCAACCUAAUCGCAGUCUAUACACCGCAGAUGAGGAUGCUCCUAUAGAAUCUUUAUCAAUAUGGGACAUCUCUAAACCAUCCACGUACAGACCCUCUUUGGACCCAACGGGGCGGCUAUGGGGAGAAGCAGGAGAUCUGGGCCCGCACAUUGUCUCAAGGUUCGGCUUCCAAGAGCUAGGGUUUUACUCCGUCAGACAACGAGGCCUCCCAGGUAUACAAUGGCUAAACAUCACCGAGGACAAUCAAGCAAUAGAGAUAUUUGAAAAUCUAUGCACAGGCCCCGUCGAUCGAUUUGUUGGGCCUGCUGAAUGGACGUCACAAGUCCAGGUAACAAGCAUCCCAGUCACUGGUCACGGCCCCUGCUGGAGACAAAACCUCGAUCUUAUACUGCCUCCUUACCGGGGAAAUAGCAGUCUACAAGCGAAUCCACUUAGUCUCGCGGUGUGUGAUGAGCCAUGGUAUACCGUAAUUUCGGAAUCCGUGGACGAGAAAGCCCAAGUUGGCUACUGUCUUCAUUUAUCACAAGCAACAUGGCCGUUUGACUUGAAACCUUCCUUGAGCAUCAGAACCCCGUCAUCCGCUAUCACUUUGAAGAAUGCCGAUAUCUUCGAGCUCACAGGCAAGGGGAGAAUCUGUGGAACCGAACGGUACCUGCUUGGCGAGAACGGGAAUCGUGAACUGGUUAUUUACCGGUUCGACAGAUAA